UCUAAUCAGUCUCUGCAAUUUUUCUCUCGUCUUCUCCAUUUUUUCUUUUUCUCAAAUCCAAAAAAAAAUCGAAAUCUCUCGCUGAGAAAACAAAAUGCUCGCUGUGUUCGAGAAGACGGUGGCGAAUAGCCCUGAGGCAUUACAGAGUCCACACUCUUCUGUGCCUGCUUACGCUUUGAAAGAAGGUUAUCUAGCGAAUCAAUUCGUCUCCAAAAACCCAAACUCCGUCACGCUUAACCUCGGAUCAUCUGGAUUGCUCGCUUACUCUCUUGAUAACCAUGAUCCUCUUGUUCCAAGGUUAUUUGCGGUGGUGGAUGAUAUCUUCUGCAUCUUCCAAGGACACAUUGAUAACCUUCCGUUUCUGAGACAACAGUAUGGGCUGAGCAAGAUCACAAACGAGGCCAUCAUGGUGAUUGAAGCUUACAGGACUUUGCGUGAUCGAGGCCCUUACCCUGUAGACAAAGUCGUCAGAGAUUUCCAUGGAAAGUUUUCCUUCAUCCUCUUUGAUGGCACCAAGAGCACCGUCUUCGCUGCUUCUGACGCUGAUGGGAGUGUGCCGUUCUUCUGGGGAACCGAUGCUGAAGGUCACCUUGUUCUUGCUGAUGACACAGAGAUGGUGAAGAAAGGUUGCUCCAAAUCUUACAGUCCUUUCCCUAAAGGUUGCUUCUUUACAUCAUCGGGAGGAUUGAGGAGCUACGAGCACCCGAAGAACGAGCUGAAGCCAGUGCCGAGGGUGGAUAGUUCAGGAGAUGUGUGUGGUGCGACUUUCAAGGUUGAUGCUGAGACUAAGAGAGAGCCUACCAAAAUGCCUAGAGUCGAUAGCUCCCAAAACUGGGCCGGUCAUAUCUAACCGGAAAUGAAUUACAAGAAAUCACUCACAAGUCACAAGCUCACACCCACUCCUCUUUGUCCCUUUCUCUUUUUUCAUUUACAUGUUUGAGUUACAUUGAGAUUAAUAAUUUUCACACCACAAUGUUCUCUCUCACUCUUUCUCGUUCUCUGUUGCGUUUUAUGUACAUGUUUAAGGUCGGGAUUUGGGAAGGAUGUUGAGUUUUGUGAAAACUUUAAAAACGAGACGAAAGACUUUUGUUUCGUUAAAUAUAUUGAGAAUUUAUGAAUUAGUACUUACUUACCAA